AUGGGCAUUUGCAAGUUUUCCAAGUUCACUUUUCUCUUUUUAUCCAUAAUAUUACCAUUCAACAUAACCAAAGCACAAAAUACUCCUGUUCUUGAUCAUGAUGAUCGAGCUUCCCUCCUCACUUUCAUGUCCGGUAUCAUCUCCGACCCACAAAACUCACUCAACAACUGGAACAACUCAUCCCAAAUCCAUUUCUGCAAUUGGGUUGGCAUCAAAUGCGACAACAAUCGAGUAACAGAGCUUGUCUUAACAUCCAAGUCCCUAACCGGCAUCAUAUCUCCAUCAAUAGCCGACCUUUCAUCUCUAACAAUCCUCGACUUAACCGGAAACUUCUUCCACGGCAGCAUCCCACCGGAGAUCGGUUCACUUUCUUCCCUCACCCAGCUCAGUUUAUCAUCAAAUCUUCUUCAAGGUCAAAUCCCAUCUCAACUUGGAAAUCUUCAUCAAUUAGUCUAUCUUUCAUUGGGAAGUAACAAUUUAACCGGUGAGAUACCAAAAGCUCUGUUUUGCAAUGGUUCUUCUUACUUUCAAUAUAUUGAUUUCUCUAAUAAUACACUUCAUGGUGAAAUACCAUUAAACAAUCAAUGUUACCUUAAACAAUUAAGGUUUCUACUUCUUUGGUCUAAUCAUCUUACUGGUCAAAUACCUAAAUCACUUUCGAAUUCCUCGUAUCUAAAAUGGCUUGACUUAGAAUCGAAUUUUCUCUCCGGUGAGUUGCCGGCAGAGGUUGUUAACCAUAUGCCACAUUUACAGUUUCUUUAUUUGUCCUAUAAUAACUUCGUAAGCCAUAAAGAGAACACUGAUCUAGAGCCGUUUUUCUUGUCUUUGAAGAACUGUUCUAAUCUUCAAGAACUUGAAUUGGCUGGAAACAAUCUCCGAGGAGAGAUUCCUCCUAUUAUCGGAUCUUUGUCAUCUUCAAAUCUUAAAGAGAUUCAUCUCCAUGAUAACUUACUCCACGGUCCAAUUCCUCCACAAAUUUCAAAUCUUUUCAACCUCAGCCUACUUAAUUUAUCAAACAAUUUUCUAAAUGGAUCAAUCCCAUCUGAUCUCAGCAGAAUGAAGAAGCUCGAGAGGCUUUACCUGUCGAACAAUUCACUUUCGGGUGAGAUUCCUGCGAGUUUAGGAGAAAUUCAUCACUUGGGUCUUCUCGAUUUAUCCAAGAAUAUGCUUACAGGUCAAAUCCCAGAUAGUUUCGUUAAUGUAUCGCAAUUAAGGAGUCUUCUUCUUCAUGAGAAUCGGCUUUCUGGAACAAUACCAUUAUCUUUAGGGAACUGCAUUAAUUUGGAGAUUCUUGAUCUUAGCCAUAACAGAAUUUCAGGGCAAAUCCUGAGAGAAGUAGUUUUGGGGUUAACCAGUUUGAAGAUGUACUUAAAUUUAUCAAAUAAUCAACUUGAAGGAACAAUACCGUUGGAGCUAAGCAAAAUGGAUAUGGUUCUAUCCAUUGAUUUAUCAUUUAACAGACUUUCGAAAACGAUCCCACCUCAGCUAAGCAGCUGCAUUGCGUUGGAAACCCUAAAUCUAUCUAACAAUAUGUUGGAAGGUUCUCUUCCUGAUUCGAUUGGAAAACUAACUUAUCUUAAGGAACUCGAUGUUUCCUCCAAUCAAUUAACCGGUGAAAUACCGUCGUUUAUCCGAUCCGACGACAACUCUUUCGCGCUAACUCGCCUGAAUCUAUCGUUUAACGAUUUCCACGGGAAUGUUUCGAAUAAAGGGAGGUUUUCGAUCGAAUCCUUCAUUGGAAAUCCUAGGCUAUGUGGAUCAAUUGAAGGAAUGAGAGGUUGCAGGAAUCGAAAGAAAACUCAUCAUGUUCUAGUUUUACCGGUUAUAAUCUCUUUGGUGUGUAUGUUGAUAUUGUGUUUGCUCGUCGGUUACUAUCUGUCGCUAAAAGCCAAGUUUAAGAGACAAGUAUUCGACGAAGAGGAGAAGGAACGAGAACAGAUUGAGCAUAAGUACCCGAGAAUCUCUCGUCGACAACUUAUAGAAGCAACCGACGGAUUCAGCGGCUCGAGCCUGGUAGGUUCGGGGAGUUAUGGCCAUGUUUAUAAAGGAACACUAAAGGACAACACGAAAAUAGCGGUAAAAGUAUUGAGUUCAAACACAACAGGGGAAAUUUCGGGUAGUUUCGAGAGAGAAUGCCAGGUGCUUAAGAGAACGAGGCAUCGGAAUUUGAUUAGAAUUCUAACGAUUUGUAGUAGACCUGAUUUUAAAGCGUUGGUUUUCCCUCUAAUGUCUAAUGGUAGCCUCGAGGAUCAUUUAUACGCGAAAACUGAAGAUGGUUUGGGGCAGAGAUUGGAUUUGGCUCAAUUGGUUAGCAUUUGUAGCGACGUUUCUGAAGGGCUCGCUUACCUUCACCAUCAUUCUCCGGUUAGAGUCGUUCAUUGCGAUCUCAAACCGAGCAAUAUUCUUCUUGACGACGAAUUGACGGCUUUAGUGACAGAUUUUGGCAUUGCAAGGUUAGUAAAAGGUGAAGAAGAUGAAGAUAAUAAUGUUAAUUCUUCAGAUGGCUUGCUUUGUGGCACAGUUGGUUACAUUGCACCAGAAUAUGGAGUAGGAUGUAAGGCAUCUAUUCAAGGGGAUGUGUACAGUUUUGGAAUUCUAGUUUUAGAGAUAAUAACGGGCAAACGUCCAACCGACGUUAUUUUUCAACAAGGCUCGACCUUGCAUGACUGGGUACAGAGCCGCUAUUCAGACAAAGACAAGGUCGAGCCUCUGAUGAAAGAAGUACUCGAAAGGUGCAGACCGCAUCCAAAUCAGGCCUAUGAUGUAAGGGUGUGGAGUGAGGUGGUUAUCGAGUUAAUUGAGCUCGGUUUAGUUUGCACUCAAUAUAGCUCCCUUACAAGGCCAAGUAUGUUAGAUGUGGCUCAGGAAAUGCUCCAUUUAAAGUUAUAUCUUUCUACUCCUUCCACACUAGUUAUAUGA